AUGUCUGCCAAACCAGGCAGAGGCGUGUUCGAGGAGCACGAGAACAUCCCCGAGCCCAAGUUUGUGCCUCAGCGCACCUUUGGUACUGCUGCUGAGCGCGCUCGUCGAAACCUCAAUGCUAAACUAUCCAACCCGUUGGCUGGAUAUAGCCAUGCCGAGCUGCGCAAACAGGGUCAUAAGUUUGCGAUCGCACAUGAAAUUGGCGAUGAAUCUGAUAUCCGCGCAUUUGAGCUAGGCGCCGUGCUUGCUCAAAGUCCCGAGCAAUAUGAUCGUGUGCCAGGACUGACGAGCCAGGAGAAGGAGAUUCUGCAUCGCGAGUUUGAGCACCGUUGGUCGCAGCCGUGGAAAAUUACGGAGGAUGAAACUGUAGUAAACGGUGCCCAGAUCUGGUACAAACACCAAUUCGGUAUCGCCGGCGAAGACUCGAGAAGCACCUGGCUAGUUGGUCUGGUCAACGCAGCGCCAUACCUCUGUUGUGCCCUCGUUGGAUGCUGGCUCACGGUUCCAUUCAACCACUGGUUCGGUCGCCGAGGGACAAUAUUCAUAACAUGCUGCUUCUCUGCCAUUGCUUGUCUCUGGCAGGGCUUUGUCUCAACAUGGUGGGGAAUGUUCAUCGCGCGCUUCGCCCUGGGGUUCGGCAUCGGACCCAAAUCAGCGACCGUCCCCAUAUACGCCGCCGAAACAGCACCUCCAGCUAUUCGAGGUGCUCUCGUUAUGCAGUGGCAGAUGUGGACGGCCUUUGGGAUCAUGCUAGGGUAUGCCGCGGACCUGAUUUUCUACCAGGUAUCUGAUACACCUGCUAUCGUCGGCCUCAAUUGGCGUCUCAUGAUGGCAUCGGCCAUGUUUCCGGCCCUGGUGGUCUGCUGCUUCGUCUUUACUUGUCCCGAGUCGCCUCGUUGGUAUAUGAGCAAGAAGCAAUAUUUCCGCGCUUACCAGUCUAUCUGUACCUUGCGUCACCAUAAGAUCCAAGCUGCGCGUGACUUGUACUACAUGCAUGUUCUUCUCGAAGCUGAAUCUACCAUGGUCCUCGGCCAAAAUAAGCUAUUGGAGCUAAUUACAGUCCCGCGUAACCGUCGUGCGAUGAUCGCUUCGGAAUUGGUUAUGUUCAUGCAGCAGUUCUGCGGUGUCAACGUGAUCGCGUACUACUCGAGCGAAAUAUUCCUGGAGGCGAACUUCUCUCCGGCCUCAGCCCUUGCAGCAUCCUUCGGCUGGGGCGUAAUAAAUUGGCUCUUUGCAAUACCCGCAAUCUACACAAUCGACACAUUCGGGCGCCGCAACCUCCUUCUAUCCACAUUCCCUUUAAUGUCCCUGGCAAUGUUUUUCACCGGCUUCUCCUUUUGGAUCCCUGAAACCCUUCACGCUGCCCGAACAGGCUGCAUAGCCUUGGGUAUCUACCUCUUUGGCGUAGUAUAUUCCCCAGGCGAAGGCCCUGUCCCCUUCACCUACUCCGCAGAAGCAUACCCACUCUAUGUCCGCUCCUACGGCAUGGCCCUCGCGACGGCGACAACGUGGUUCUUCAAUUUUGUUCUCGGCGUGACUUGGCCAUCUCUACGAAAUGCCUUCACUGCACAGGGUGGGUUUGCGUGGUAUGCUGGGUGGAAUAUUAUUGGGUGGUGGCUUGUUUUGUUGUUUAUGCCUGAGACUAAGAAUAAGACUCUUGAGGAGCUGGAUCAGGUUUUUUCAGUACCUACACGCUUUCAUGCGCGGUAUGGAUUAAGGCAAAUUCCUUACUUUUUGAAGAGGUAUAUUCUGCGGAGGAAUGUGAGUCCGGAGAUUUUGUAUGAGAAGGAAGAGAUGCGGCCGGGUUCGGAACUUCCUAAUGCUUGA